GUUGUGAUAAACAAUAUGGUGGAUGGCUAGUCAUGAGAUUAUACUAAUUUAUAUAAAAAAUGCAAAAAAUACCAUGUUCUUUUAAGUAAAAAUCUGAGCUAUUUUACUCGUUCUUAAAUCAACAUAUAAAAGUUGAAUAAAGCAAUAAUGGAAGCAUAUGUGAAGCCUCCAUCACUUUGGCACCUUGUUGAAGAAAUAGUUCAACCAAAUGAACAUGCUGAGAUCAGAGAAAUGUUAGGUGUAUCACUUGUGGAGCAAAGCCUGGAGUUACAUCAGGAAAUAUCAACACUUAUUGAAAUCUGGAGACAAAUAAGAGAUGAGAGGACAGAGAUCUUAACUUCUCCCAGAUUUUUACCAGAGCCUCCCAACCAGAGGGAUCACCUGGUGAAAGAAAUUUGUUUUUUUGUUGAAAGUGUAAAAGAAAAGGCCACACAGAAGGGAGUAAAUCCUGAAUUGAUUCUGAGAAAACACAACAAUGAUGUAUUAAAUUAUGCAGUUGAAACAGCAAGGCCUGAAUCCGCAAUGAGCCAUGUGUCACAGACAUCAGAUGGAAGAGAGACACCUAUGAUGCCUCUUGCCAAAGACAGGUACCAGGCUUCAGAUAUGAAAGAUGAACUAAAAGUUGUGAACAAACAAUUGAACUAUCUAGAUUUUGAUCAAGUUUGUGAAAGUUUAAGAUCAACAUUAAUUAAGGAAAUCAACCAGCUCAUUGAAGAUGCCCAGUUUCUUCAAAACUGUAUAGAUAAUGAAGUGGAGUUGAGAGAUUGUACAACACCUGGACUAAGAUCUAGAGAGCCAACACUUACAGAGCUUCGUGAGGAGAGAUCAUUGUUAGAAAAAGAGUUGCUUGCUGUUGGAUCAUUAACUGCUACCCCAGUUGUUACUAAACCAAACUUUAUUAUUGACAAAAAGUUGCCUUACACACCUCCAAGUUCUAGUGACUCCUCACCACCUUUGCUAACAAACUACUAUGACACUCACAUCCCAGGACUGGAUGGGUUUAGUGAUGAUUCUCCAUCCUUUUCUUCUCGACCUGGCCCAGUAAAAGCAUCUCAUAAAAUUGUCCUAUCUGCCACAUCACCCAGUAAGCCUACAUCAUUUAAAUUAAAGGCCACAGAGGACAGAGUUGUUUCGCCAAAGACAAAUCUGCUCAUCAACCGGCUGGCUGACAUCCCCAACAAACCAUUAAUUAUGAGAUCCAACAAGCUGACCCAGGCUAAGUCAUCACAGAGUGACAGCAACCUGAAGCCAAAUGAUCUCAAGUUGUCACCCAAUGAUCAGAGUCUUACACAAGCGUCAGUGAAACAAGAGGGGUCAAAGGGGGAUGGCAGACCAAAGAGGAGAUCUGUCAGCACUGGCAGACUGAGGGUGGUAGAUGUGUCGAACAUUGUAGAAGUACACAGUGGCAAGGGAGACUCAGCAGCUGAAUGUUUCACAUUUUCUUCUGGAACUUCUUCAAUAUCCUCUUCCCCAUUCAGCCCCACCCCACCACCUUAUACAUUAAACACAGACUCUAUGCCAAGACCAAGCAGUGCACAUGCUAACAGAUUCCGGAAGAUGGUUAUGGGAUGUAGAGAUGGAGAAUAAUGUUCCAAAUAUUUAUCAAAGCAGAAAAUUAAGUAAAUUUUUAGCAGUAUUAAUACAGACUUUGAUUGAGCCUCAUGACUGGAGAAAUCAAAUGAUUAAAGAUGCUUGUUCAUAAUAACUGUUACCAAUUGGAUUAAAAUUUAUUUGUGUGAAUAAAAGCUGCUUUGAACAUAUGUAUAUUCACUUUGCAUUGAUUAUAUAAACAAAGUAGCAGAAAUUUACUCCAUGUUAAGCAGUUGGCCAGAUAUGUUCUGAUGAGUUGUUUCCUUCUGAGUUUUAGCUAUGAGAUUAUUUGUAAAUGUCAAAAGCUUAAAUAUUUAAUAAUUGUAGUUAUUCGUUUGGCAUUUUUUUUUAUGUUUCUUUUAAAGAUUUCAAAUCAUCAUCUUUUUUUUUGUUUUUAUAAAGUAUGGAAGUUUAUUUACCACUGAAAAUCACACAAAAUAGGAGUCUCAUGUGACCAGUAAAUUGAUCACACAUCUUCAAUUUUUUCUAUGAAUGAUAUUAAAGCAGAUUAGUGAAUAUUCUAAAAAUUCAAAAUUUAAAAAAUCACAGCCUUCAUUGAGAUGUGAACUUAAUUCUUUUGGUAGGGAAAGAAAGUUUUGUUUUACUUCACAAAAAAUAUUUGAAAAGAAAAAUGGCCCCAUGCCACAUCUGUGAUGAAACUUCUAUACACUAUUUAUUUGUUAUACCUGAAAAUGUUUUUAUAACACUGUCCUUGCUCUAAUGUUUCUCAUUCCUAAAACUAUGCAUAAUGUCAUACGAUAUAAUGUUCAAAUGUAGCUGUAUAAUUUAUUUAUUGUUCCGUUAUUCAACUGAGUGAUUUUUUGGACACUGUAAACUAUUAUAAGACUGAGAAAUAUAUACAAAAGUUUGACUAAGCUCCAAUGAUGUUCAAUUAAACAUACAUAUCAUU